AAGAGGGAAGAGGCCGAUGCCAUCCCUGUGAAAUGUGAAAACAAGCUUCCCCCGUCUCCGUAUUUCUCGCACCUUGCUCCGGCCUCUGCACUGUCUGUUUGUCAGAUUGUCCGACGGUUUCCAGAAAUGUCCGACGGACAACAUGCCGGCCGUCCCCAGGCGCCGUCGUCACAGCAGGCUUCCUUCGGAAAACGCGCUCGUACCGAAGACGGUGUAUCGAGUUGUUACAUUUUCAAGAGUCGUCUACAAGAGUAUGCGCAAAAGGCUGGACUUCCUACACCUGUAUACGAGACAACCAAAGAAGGACUAUCUCAUGAACCUUUCUUCAGGUCAACUGUGAUAGUGAAUGAAGUGAGAUAUGACUCUCUUCUUGGAUUUAUGAACCGUAAAGCAGCAGAGCAGUCUGCUGCAGAGGUGGCCCUCUUGGAGUUAGCUAAAUCUGGUCAUGUCAAUGGUCGCAUUUCUCAACCAGUUCAUGAAACUGGGCUCUGUAAGAACCUGCUUCAGGAAUAUGCUCAGAAGAUGAGUUACGCAAUUCCUUUGUACCAGCAUGAAAAGCAUGAAACACGAAACCAUGGAAGUUGUUACCAAUGUUCUGUAAUGAUUGGAGGGACAAAGUAUAUUGGAGCAGUGGCAACAUCCAAAAAAGAAGCCGAGAUAAAAGCUGCAAGAACAGCCUGGUUUGCUAUUAAGGAAAGUAGUACAGAGUUAUCCGGAAGAUCAACUGAGAACCCUAUGCUGACAGUAAUUCCUAGCAGGAAGAGGGUGCUGGAGGCCCCAAGUGUCCCAAAUGAGACAACCAACACCGCCCACAGGGCCAAGAAGGCACGAUUCAAUAAGAAACGCCAGGGGAAGAAGCCCAAGAGUCAAGUACCAGAAACGGGAACAACUGAACCUAUUAGUAAUGCUUCUCAAUCUGCAGAUGGUCAACCUGGAGCACAGGUUCAGCACAUGGUUGUCAGUGGACAGGCAUGGUGCCAAUAUCCAAGUGGGAUGGAAGGCGCCGUAGGAGAAAGCAUCAACAACAGCAAUCCUACUCUGUACAAUCCACCAAGUGUCCCAAAGAAGACAACCAUCCCCAACCCCAAGGCCAUGAAGGCACGAUUCAAUAAGAAAACGCCAAAAAAGAAACGCCGUGGGAAGAAGAAGCCCAAGAGCCAAAUACCCGAAAGUGGAAUAACUGAACCUAUUAGUAAUGCUUGUCAUUUUGCAUAUGGUCAACCUGGAGCACAGUUUCAUCAAAUGGCUUUCAGUGGACAGGCAUGGUGCCAAUAUCCAAGAGUGAUGGAAGGCCCCCUAGGAGAAAGCAUCAACAACAGCUAUCCUACUCUAGACAAUCCACCUAUGUUGCAACAAAUGGGCGGGCAUGGCGUAAAUAUCCACGAGGGAGGCAUCAGUGGCAAUUCGAGCCACACAGGAUGGCUUACCCUCUGCUGUGGAAACUCUGGUGAAAACUCCAAGGGGAAUGCAUCUGUGGCAACUGGAGCCCCAGAGAGCAGCACACCAUCUGCCGUGGGAAGUUCGACACCUGCUAUCGUUGGUGACAAAGGCUGCCAGACUGCCAAUGUCAAUCACACCUUUGGUCAAGAUUCUACUGGAGUAAUUGAAAACUCCAUUGGAGAUACUACAAUGGCAAAUGGAGAAGUUGCAGAAGAUGGGAAACUGUCUGUUGUGGAAACUCAGGCUGCUGAUGUUGGUGGUCAUGGAGCUGAUAUCCAUCACACUAACGGUGAAGAUUUCACUGACAUUUUACAGGAGUCCAAGAAUGAUACAAGUACAACAGUGGCAAGUGGAGUCACGGAGGAUGCCAAACUGUCUGCAGUGACAACUCAGGCAGCUGGUGUUGGUCAUGAAGCCAAUAUCCAUCACACAGAAGAUUCCACUUACAUUUUACAAGAGUCCAAUACAACAAUGGCAAGUGGAAUCACGGAGGAUGCCAAACUGUCUGCUGUGGAAACUCAGGCAGCUGAUGUUGGUGGUAACGUAGCCAAUAUCCAUCACUCAAAUGGUGAAGAUUCCACCGAAAUUUUGCGAGACUCCAAGGAAGAUACAGCUAUGGCAUGUGGAGCCACAGAGGACGGCGUAUCGUCUACCACAGGAACUCAUGCACCUGAUGUUUGUGGUCACGAAGGCAGCAGCCGUGGUACGAAUAUCCAUCACACGAGUGGUUCGGAUUCCACUGUAAUGAUUGAAGAUUCCAAGGGUGAUACAUCAAUGGCAAAUGGAGCCACAGAGGACGGCACACCAUCUCCUGCCACAGAGGAUAUUGUACUGUCUGCUGCUGAAACUCAGGCACCGGCUGGUGGUCGGGAAGGUAGCCAUGGAACCAAUAUCCAUCACACGAAUGGUCCGGACUCCACUGGAAUGGUUGAAGCUUCCGUUGGGGAUACAUCCAUGGCAAGUGCAGCCCCAGAGGACGACAUGCCAUCUACUGUCACAACUUCGACACCUGAUGUUGUUCACGAAUAAGGCGACCAAGUUGGCGACGUCCACGACUCCAAUAGUGAUGAUCCUGCUCGAGCAAUCGAAUGCUCCAAGGAAGACGCGACUACUGCGUGUGGAGCGCCACUGAGGAGGUAGCCUCACUGGUAAACAGUUCAGCAGCUGAUCAGUGCUAGAUGUUUCCCAAGGUCACCUUCAGCCUGUAAUGUAAUUGCCUAUGAUUCUUCAUCUAUAAUGUAAUUUACCAAUAAUUACUUCAUAAUGUAACCGGUUUCUGGAUGUAUUGGGGAUUUGAGGUGGUAAUAUACCUCAUUUCUUGGG